AUGAAGGAACGAAGUAGCUUUCGAAGCAUAUCCAGUGUUAUUCUGAUAAUCAUGUUGGCCACAAACAUGUUCUUAAUCUAUAAUUUGGCGUUGACGACCACCAACGUGGAUCUGGAACAUAAUGCCAUGGGUCAAGCCGCCAUGCACAUAUCAGGCUUUACUCAAAUCCAAUUUCCUACUUUCAAAAAAAAGGAAGAAGAGGAUGUCAUGGGAAGAUUGGUGGAAGAAUUAGUAGAAUGGAGCAUAUCCAAAGGAGGAUACUUUCAUCCCAACGUGGAGAUACGGCGAUUUGAUCCCAGUGAUCCCACAUCAUUUUUUGGUGCCUUUGUCAAUGGUCCCGUCGGGGUCAAUGAAACGCUGAUAAAGAUUCCAGGUUCGAUAAAACUUCAGCUCAGCAAGGAAACGAAACAUGGACUGGGAUAUGAAUCCAGUGUCUGUGAAUUGGCAUGGCUCCUAAAGGAGGAAUACGACAAAGGAAACUCCUCAGAGUACUUGCCGUAUAUCAAUUAUGUCAAGGAACAAUCCUUUGGUCAGAUUCCUGCUAUGUGGAGCCCAUCUGGUCAGCAUCUAUUAUUGAGAGUACAAGGGGACUUGUUCAUGGUGGAUGAUAAUGGUUUUGUCAAUCCGAGUCGCAUGACAAAGUGGAUUGACAGGUACUAUGAGACAAAAUGUUUGAAUCCUCGUGACGAGGAGAAUGAAUAUCUGAAUCCAUUCUUUGUCGCCAUGGCCAUUCAACGUGGGUACGAUAAAGCCCUCAUUCCAAUUUAUGAUAUGCUCAACUCACACGAAGGGAAAAUUAACUCGAUUACGAGGCCGUCCAUUUACGAUCGAAAUGGAUUUGGUGUCUACGCUCUUCAAGAUUUGGACAAGGGGGAUGAGUUGUUUUACUCGUACUACCACUGUCCUGACUGUGGGCAUGUCCCUUGGGGUACACCUGAAAUGCUUCGAGAUUUUGGAUAUGUGGAACAAUAUCCACAAACCUUUUACUUGGACGACAACAUGAUUCUCUACGUCGAUCAGGAUGGACAAGGCGGGUACAAGGCUUGGUGCAAAGAACAGUGUCCGCCCAAGGCUUGGGUACAAAAGCAACUGGAAUAUUUGCAACGUGUCGACGAGGAUGAUAUUGCAACAGCCACGCCGUAUAUUCCAGAAAAGGAACUGAAUAUCAUACGGCAAUACCAUGAAGCACUGACCAUUGCCUUCACUGCGGUUCUACCGAUUGCAACUGAGAAUGAUUCAGUUCUACCGAAUACAACUGAUGAUGCUUCAAAACGAUCGUUAGAAUAA